AGGAGACGGGAGGGGGCACCAAGACGUCCCGUGACGCCGGGAGGACGGCGCGUCACAUGACACGGAAGUGACUUGGAACAGGAAGAGGACGGAAAAAAAAACACCGUCCGCAGCCCCAAGCCGAACCGGACCGCCGCCGCCAUGAACAGCAAAGGGCAGUAUCCAACGCAGCCCACAUACCCUGUGCAGCCUCCUGGGAACCCAGUGUACCCUCAAACCAUGCACCUGCCUCAGGUUCCACCAUACACGGAUGCACCGCCAGCGUAUUCUGAGCUCUAUCGUCCAAACUUUGUGCACCCAGGGACUGCAACAGUUCCCACUAUGUCAGCUGCAUAUCCUGGUGCUUCUUUGUUUCUUCCCAUGGGUCAGUCUGUGGCCGUUGGGCCUGUUGGCUCUGCAGUCCCACUGGCUUAUUAUCCACUUGGUCACGUAUACCCUCCUGCCUCCACCCCCGGGUUGCCCCCCCAAUGCUGCUCAGCUUGCUGUUAUGCAAGGGGCCAACGUGCUAGUAACUCAGCGGAAGGGGAACUUCUUCGUGGGUGGUUCGGAUGGUGGCUAUACCAUCUGGUGAAGAACCAAAGCCACCCCCGUGCCAGGAAAGACAUCACACACCGUCAGCACUUCUCACAAUGUAACUGCUUUAGUCAUAUUAACCUGAAGUCAAAGUUUAGACACAUGUUGUUGGGGUGUCUUUCUGGUGCCCAAACUUUCAGGCACUUUUCAAACUUAAUAACGAACCAUGUAAUGGUAGCAGUACCUCCCUAAAACAUUUCAAGGUGGGGGGAGGGGGGUAAUCCAUUCAUAAAAUGAAUGUGGGCAAAUCUUCCCUGAAGAUGUUCCUUUAAUUCCUUUGGAGUAAUACUGCACCAUACUGGUCUUUGCUUUUAGUAAGAAACCAUCAAAUUAGGUUUGGAGGGAACUUUGAUCUUCUGAAGAAUUAAAGUUGCCAAAUUAUUCUGAUUGGUCUUAAAUCUCCUUAAAUUCUUUGAUUUCUAUUACUUGUUAUAAAUGAAAUGCAUAGAUGUCUACCUUUUUCCUUCACAUCCUUUGCCCCUUCCCCCACUUCCCUCGCCAAUCUCCAUUGAAUCAAUGGUGCAGGACAGAAAGCCAGUCAGACUUCUUUCUCUCUCUCCCUGCACCUCUCCCUACUUCUUGUUGAGAGGAGACCUUGGCUCUCCUUAUCUUUUGACCUUUUAUCCAAAAGGAUCCUCUGACACCACUUGUGUUCAUAGUCCAGACCCCCCCCAUUCUUUCUCCUCAGCCAAGGCUGACAACGAACCAUUCCUUUUGUACUCUUCUCAUGGACGCCUCUGCACACAAAAGCCUCAUCCAGGUUUGUGUUGGUGCCAGAAACAUGUGAUCUGAGCACCUGAUGGCAACGCUAACUGCACUUUGGUCAGUUGUGGGUUUAAAAUGAGAGAGGCAAGGGGAAGGGGUUUGUUUCCAACAGUGGGAUGGGUGACUUCACAGUCCAAUUAAGGGGAAUUUUGAGAACUGAAAUUGGUUGCCAUCUGUUUAAAUGUCUGUGGCAGCUAGCUGACCAUGGCCAUUCAUUAACUGCCCAAGAGCUGGGUUAAUGGGAUUGUAUUGUGAAUGGGUCACUUUAAGAUGAGUUCAAUUAAAGUCUCAUUAGGGUUGAAAAGAUUCAGGGAUCCUCAAUCUUUUAAUUUUUGUUUUCUGGAAUUGGAUUUGAUGAAUAUAUUUUAUCUUAUAAUUUCAGUUCAUCUAAAUUUGACUGUAUUCUGUAUAUAUGGUGUUUGACUGUACCAUUGACUGUUAUGGAAGUUCAGCGUUGUAUGUCUCUCUCUUCACUGUGGUGCACUUAACUUGUGGAUUUUUUAUACUAAAAAUGUAGAAUAAAGACUAUUUUGAAGAUUUGAAUAAAGUGAUGAAGUUGCAUUACACCUUAA